UGAGUGUGGAGGGGAGAGAGGGAGAAAGGAGCUCGCGCGCCCAAACACAGGGCCAAAUCCCAUAUUAAUUAACAGACACAACACAAGUGGAGGAGAAGGCGGUCACAUUUUCUACUUACUUGCAAACGUGAUUGAUAUGGGUGUUUGUAUCAGUGGGUGUGUGUGUCAUGCCUGAGUGUGUUCACGGAUGUGCUGACUCUUAGUUCUUGGAGUUCAGUGGAAUCAUUUAAUCUUGACUCGUGCAGCAUCAUAGGCGCAGGUGAGGCGCUUACCCAGACAUCUCGAGCUGCUUCACUAACGGGCAAGGCACUUUUUGGACAUUGUCUUUUUCCCGCUCCAUGGAUCCGGUGCUUCGCGCAGAAAUUGUUAUACACCUCUACUCCACGAAUUUUCUUCCGGUUUAAAACUAGAAGGCACUUUUGUCAUCUCUAUCCAAAGUCAUCAUCUACCGCAGGAAUGGACAACAGCCCUGGCGGAGGAGGAGGGGUCAUCCUGUAUGCUGGUUCCACUGGCAGUUUGAGCCCCAGUCCAGGCAGUCCCUCCAGUGGAUAUCAGACCCAGUCCCCCUCUUCACACUCCCAGCCCUCGUCUCCUGAGGAGGUGACCUUCACAGAGAUCGGGGCUCUGAAGCAGAGGACAACAGGGUGCAGCUCCAGUACCUCUAAGUUGGUUUUCCAGUUCCCUGAGGUAUGCAGCGUCUCCCAAGCUUCAGCACCAGCAACUUCUCAGCACACAUAUGCACACCCCAUUGCUGCAAAAAGGCCAUGUGGGUUUCCUGGCACAUUCACAAAGACGGGGGGAAUGGUGCUUCUUUGCAAAGUUUGUGGGGACAUUGCUUCUGGUUUUCACUAUGGAGUACAUGCAUGUGAGGGUUGCAAGGGUUUCUUUCGUCGCAGUAUUCAGCAGAACAUCAACUACAAGAUGUGCGUAAAGAAUGAAAACUGUCUGAUCAUGCGAAUGAAUAGGAAUCGCUGCCAACACUGCCGUUUCAAGAAAUGCAUCUCUGUUGGCAUGUCCAGAGAUGCUGUCCGUUUUGGUCGCAUCCCCAAAAGAGAGAAGCAGCGACUUCUAGAUGAGAUGCAGAGCUACAUGAACAGUCUAAAUGAGUCAGUUGGCAUAGACAUGGAAUCCUCCUCGGUGAGAGAUAUUGCCCCAAACACAGAUGAAGGUAACGCCAAAGAGGCAAUUGGAGCCAUUUCAAGAGCCUACCAUGACAUCUUCACCAUCAGUAAGAACAGCUGCCAAGAAAAAGCUACUAAGAGAGCACACAUCUCCAACAACAAUAACUGCCCAUUUUCUCAGGAGGGUGGCUUCCUCCAGGUCUCCACUCCCCCAAGCUAUCAGUACUACCCUGAAGCGUGUCCCACUUCAUGUCCCAUUGCUCCUAAUAGCAACCUACCAACAUUCCACUCCAAUGUGGACAACAGCCGCUCCUCAUACGCACUGCCAACAAACCAGAACCAUAACCAGACUAAUCAGAAUGGUUUCUCCAAUGAAGGAAAGAACCUCACCUCCUGCCCAUGGAAGUUAGCACCGGGUGCUAAAGUAUUGGCCUGUCCUCUCAAUGCAUGUCCUGUAAGUGGGGCAGAUCGCUCCAGUCAGGAGAUUUGGGAAUCCUUCUCUAAUUGUUUCACUCCAGCAGUAAAAGAGGUGGUAGAGUUUGCCAAAGGCAUUCCAGGAUUUCAAGAGCUCAGCCAGCAAGACCAGGUCAUGUUGCUCAAAUCUGGUACUUUCCAGGUUCUGAUGGUGCGAUUUUGCAACUUGUUUAAUGCGGAAAAACAUACAGUGACAUUCCUAAAUGGCCAAACUUACCCCUUGUCUAUCCUCCGGGGCCUGGGCAUGGGUUCGUUGCUGGAUGCCAUGUUUGAAUUCAGUGAGAAGUUGGGGUCUUUGGGCCUGGAGCCUGAUGAAAUGGCCCUCUUCAUGGCUGUGGUGCUGGUCUCUGCAGAUCUUUCUGGGAUUUCUAACCUGCAGGCCGUAGAACAACUGCAGGAGGGUCUGAUUCGAGCUCUGCGCUCACUUAUUACUUGUCGACAUCCAGAUGACACUGGUCUCUUUUCCAAACUUCUUCUUCGUCUGCCCGACCUGCGCACACUUAAUAAUCUACACUCGGACAAAUUGAUGGCUUUCCGUAUUGAUCCAUAAACAAAGAAAAUUAUGCAGUUACUUUAAUGAAGAAAUUGACAUUUGUUAAAUCUGAAGAAGGUGCUUUGGUUGUUCUUCUUUCACUCAAACACUGCACAAAACUGCUGCACUUUCAUACAAAUACAUGUUGAUGAAGGAGUUCUUUGACAGGUCUUUGUGUAGACCUUUAAAGAUGAAAAGCCAGCUCACUUCAGUUCACUCCUUUUAUUUCUUGUACCAUACUGUGUUAAAUGUCAGCAAGCAGCAACAUACACAUUUAAGGGACCAUUGUUGUGUCAGUAUUUCCUAAAAGAAAAGGGAACCUGUAAAUGCAAACCUAAAUGUAAAAAACUGUAUGUUUCAUUCCAUUUGCAUUAUGAACUUGCACUAUAUUUUUAGUGUGUCACUUUAGCAGAUGUUAACCUUCAGUAUUCUUUGCCUGGGAUGUAGAACAGAUUGAAAGCCCUGGGGUUCAUGUUAAGAGAACAAUUAGGCAUUUUUUCCCGCACAGUCUGUGCUGCAGAGAACUCUUUGUGCAUGCUGCAUUUUGUAGUUAUGUAGGCUAAUUCUGUUUCUGUAAAUAUAUCCUAAAUGUUUAUGACUGCAAUCAUGUGAAAAAUUGUUUCAGUUUGAUGAAAAGAGGAAUGUAUGAACUUUAUUGCAUAAGAUAAGGGUUAGGUCAUGGGGGCUUUCUGUAGUGGACUACUGUAGUGACUCUGAGAUGACUUUUAUAAGCUUAUACCAGCACAAUCUCAGAAAUCACAACAUUUCACAUGAACCUCCUCUGGCCCACUGUUUGUCAUACAAACAAAUGUGUAUUUUUGGAUGAGAGAUUUUCCUUGUUGGGUCCUCUUACAGUUUUAUGUUUGAUUAUGUAUGAUUGAGCACAUGUACAUUUUGUAAAUCUUGCGAAAUAGAAAUGAUAUAAAGUUGAAAUUAUGUAACCUUU